AUGCGGCGCCUCGUCCUGUUCGAGGGCGCGCCGACUAUAGAGCAGUGCUACAGUUCUCUCGACCUUGACCACCAGCCCGACACCUCCUGGCACAUCGUCACCCUCGACUUCUCGCCUCCUCAUCAGCCAACACUCGGCGCUCCUCGACCCGCCUCGCCGGCCUCGCCAGCGCCACGUCCAGCAGCUCAGCAGCCGACUAUCAAGCCCGAGGCGACUGCUCCAUCCGCAGGCGGCAACCCCUGGGACGUCACGGCGUCGCAGUUCCAGGACGCCGUCGAGGGCAGCCCUGUGCAGGACGCGCGCGCGGGAGCAGAGCCUGAGGAGCAGCCCGACAGCCUCGAGCUGUCACGCAGGAGGACUCGCAGGAGGUCGUCGUCCUCGCCUGAGGUCGAGCGGUCCGAGCAGGAGGAUGAGGGCGAGGGCGUUUCGCGAACGAGCUUCAUGAUGCCUCCGCCGACGCAGGCCCGGUCGCGAUACUCGGCCGUGUUCCGCGCCCAGCACUCGCAGCCCGUCCUCCAGCCGCCUCACGACGACGUCUCGUUCGCCUUUCCUCCCUCGGCAGCCUUCCUCGACGUCUCGCGCGACACGACCGUCAACUACACUGCCGACGACUCGUACGACCCGACCUACGCCGAGGGCGCGUCGCUCGGCGCGCCGCCGCACUUUGCCUGGAAGGUCUACGACCUCACGGCGCUCAACCAGCUGCGCAAGAAGCUCGUCCAGGCGUCGGUCCGAGGUGCUCCGUCGUCCAAGGUGUCGGUCCUCGCCGCCGUCAACAGCUUUGAGCAGCGCGACACGGCCAAGAGCAAGCUCACCGAGGUGACGCUCAUCGACGACUCGGGCCAGCACGUCAAGCUCGCCAUCUGGGGCGCGGCGGGCGUCGAGAUUGGCAAGGUCAUCCAGCGCGCCGACAUUAUCUACGUCGAGAACGUCGCCCUCAAGGAGUACGGCGGGGCGCUCCAGCUCUCGUUCAGCGACCGCGACUCGCAGCUCGGCAUCUGCUGGCGCACACACGCCGUCGACGUCGACGACUGGGCGUACCGGUUCCACGAGGGGUGGCGCGAGUCGCUCGUCGAGGCCGACGAGGUGCUCAAGCAGGCCGACUGGUUCUCGAGGCGGUUCGGCUGAGCGUGUGUGGGUCCUUUCCGUCGUUGUUGUUGUCAUGACUAGUAGUUUGAGCCUC